GCGGGCCGGAGGUGCGCCCAGGCCGUGUCAGCCGACGUGGGCGGGGCGGGGCGGAGCUGGCCGGAACGGGCCGGGCUCAGCGAGCGCUGGAAGGGCCAGGUACAGCGAUGAGGUGGCUGAAGAGUUCCCGACUCUGGCUCGCGGCGCUGCUUCGUGCCGGCGGAGGCGGGCUCCGGGCGGGGCGGCGCACAGCCUCGGGCGCGGCCGAGCUGCAAGGCGAGCUGGACAGAUUUGGGGGCGUGUCGGUGCACCUGGCGCGGCAGCGCGGGCUGCACGGGCUGGAGGCCGCGGCCUUCAGGAGGCUCCUGCAGGCUGCAGUACAGCAGUGGCGAUCAGAAGGAAGGGUAGCUGCAUGGCUGCACAUCCCCAUCCUGCAGAGCCACUUCAUCGCCCCUGCUGCUUCCCUGGGCUUUUGCUUCCACCACGCAGAGCCACACUCCUCGACACUGACUCUCUGGCUAGGCGAAGGACCCAGCAGACUGCCAGGAUAUGCUACACAUCAAGUCGGGGUUGCAGGUGCCGUAUUUGAUGGCAGCACCAGAAAAGUACUCGUUGUACAAGACCGAAAUAAAUUGAAAAAUAUGUGGAAGUUUCCAGGAGGCCUGUCAGAGCCUGGAGAAGAUAUUGGAGACACAGCAGUCCGAGAGGUUUAUGAAGAGACUGGUGUCAAGUCAGAAUUCAGGUCCCUGCUGAGCAUCCGGCAGCAGCACAGGAGUCCUGGAGCCUUCGGGAAGUCAGACAUGUACCUGGUAUGCCUGAAGUGUGAAUGGAUCGAUCUAGAAGACCUGGCUAGGACUGAAAACACGACCCCCAUCACUAGCAGGGUGGCUAGGCUACUACUGUACGGACACAGGGAAGGGUUUGACAAAAUUGACCUCAGCAUGGAGGAACUCCCUGCGGUGUACACAGGCCUGUUCUACAAGCUCUACCACAGGGAAUUGCCAGAGCGCUACAAAGCCAUAACCGCAGCAGACUGAAUGCAAACAUUCGUACCUGCACCCAGUUUU